AGUCUACGUUGCUGCUAGCGUAACUACCUAGCUAGCUGUUAGUUUUGAUUUCAUUGUCUUGUAUAUUUUCAAAUUACUGUGCAUUACUGUCAUGUUUAUACAAACAUCGGGGAAAUGCACUGAGGAAAAUCAGCUUCAUCCUUACCUUGAUUCGUGAGCAACUAUAGCGUUAAUUUAUUUGAAAGGCAGCCAGCUAACUAGUUAAUUAUUACAGCUAACGCUAGCCAGCUAAGUUAGCUACCUUUAGUCAGUUGUAUUUUGUCAAGCGACAACACAUGUUGGGCUUGCAAAUGUUUAAUCAAAGUAGAAUUUGCUACUUAUCACGCUAUCAACGCACAUGACAACUCUCGAGUAGUUUUGCUCGUCCCGUGAUGGCAUUGAUAGCUAGAUAGUUACAGUAAACAUUUUGUUUACCUAGCGAACAGUUGCUGACGACUCUUCCAUAGAUCGAGCAAUGCCAACUAGCUAGGAUGUAGACUAGCAGAACCCGUUUUCUGGUUUUGAAUUGAUAUAUACAGUCGUUUCAAUGGGGAAAAGGAAAGACAUGAUCCACCCAAGGAUUAUUUUAGGUGAUGGAGGCCACGUGGGCGUACAAAGCCUGAAUAGUAGGAAACACAAAAAACACAAGAAGCAUCACCGCGACAACGGGCACAGCUCCCACUCCGAGGCCCUGGAGGCAGACUCCGGGAUUGUGUUCAAACCCCCCACACAGCUCAGACUCAAGAUCAAACUGGGAGGCCAAACACUUGGGACAAAAAGUGUGCCAACGUUCACUGUGGUCCCUGGUGUAGCCCAUUCCCAGUGUCCUCUGAUGAUCGUGGACGACGAUGACGACUCUGAUGAUGAUAAACCUUCUGAGGGUGUUCCACUUGAGCAGUACCGGGCCUGGCUUGGUGAGUGCAAAGAUGAGGACAGUAACCUGGACCCGUCUCCUCUGCCAGACAUGGACUCAGACUCCCUGGGUAAGCCGGUGGACGAGGAGGAGAAGUGGCUGGACGCCCUGGAGAAAGGAGAGCUGGACGACAACGGAGAGUUGAAGAAGGAGAUCGAUGAGUCCCUGCUCACAGCCAGACAGAAAGCCCUCCUGCACAAGCAGCAGAACCAGCCUCUCCUGGAGCUGCCCAUGGGCUACAAGGAGAAGGAGAUGACCACCGAGAUGAUGCAGAAGAGAGAGGAGAGCGCCCGCAAGAGGCGCCUGCAGGCGGCCAAGAAGGCAGAGGAGAACAAGAACCAGACCAUCGAGAGGCUCACCAAGACCUCCAAGGCCAAGAUCAAGAGUAUGAGGGAACGCAAGUCCAAGCAGGCCCAGUGUCCCAUGGUCCGCUACUGUGACUCAGCCCAGGGAAUGGGGAUUUCGUUCCCAACAGGGGUGCUUGCCCCAACCCCUGCUUCCCUGUGCCCCCCUCCCCUGGCACCGGUAGGCUGCGGGAUAAACGGGUGCAGUAAUCUGAAGAGGUACUCGUGCUCCAAGACUGGGAUCCCUCUCUGUAGUCUGGACUGCUACAAGAAGAAUCUGGUCCUUGUUGUGGAGAGUGCUGCUUGAAUUUGACCGUUUUCAAAUGUUUUGGCUUGCUGGCAGUUUAGACUCUUGGGCUAAAUGGACAAUGUGUAAUUUUUUUGUAUUUUGAGAGAUUAUGAAAAGGCAUUUUAUUAUUUUUUUCUCUGUGUGAUGUAUACUAUCAAAAGAGUUCAAACCAAUGCGUCAAUCAGUCAAUUUAGUCCUGAUACUAGGAUGACAUAAGGUAGGCUACAGCCACACCAGGCCCUAUCAGACAGCAAGUAUUUAUUUCUAGAUCCUUAGUUUGUGGAAGUCCACAUAAUGUAGAUUGAAUAAGACUUUAAGAAGGCAAGCUUAUUUUUGUAACAGCAGGACAGAAAUAACAGAGCGCUGUUUGCCUGAUGAUCAUGAAGGACUUUCAUUUGUAUAAAUAUAUGAAUGGUUUCGUGUUAAUUUUGGCAAACAGAAGCCGUAACGCAUAACAGCAGUAACAUGUUUGAUCAAUUGAGAAAAUGACCCAGAGGACACCAAAAUAUGUUUUUCUUUUAAUUGUCACAACUUAUUACAUUUCCAUACAAAAUACUGUACAUCUUAAAUAAAAUAUCAUAACACUUA